AUGGGAGCUGGCCCCCCGAUCGCCGGCGGAUUCUCCCCCGUCUCCUCGUCUGCCGAUUCGCCGUCAGCGCGCUCCGAUCACACCAUCUUGGGCACGGGCACACCGAGCAAGCGCAGCACGGCCGCGAGUUUAGGCACUCUCGGUGGCGGUCUGGGGUUGCGCGUGCGGGUGCGCGACGGCGAUGUGCCGCUUGUGCUGGGUGUGGCAGUUGUCGACUUCAACCACCUUAUCGGGCCAACAGUCGAGUUUGCACACCCCGCCAGCCUGGCGGAGGCGCUGGCUGCCGACGACGAGCUGUCUCGCCUCCUCCCCUUCCUCGCCCUUCCUGAUGGGGCGCACUUGUCUGAAGAGGACUACUCGUACUUUCACUGCGCGUUCAACCCCAGGGCUGGGGCUGAGCCCAAUACCGAAGUGCCAUGGGGUCGCACAAUCUUCGGCAUCUCAUGCAAUCGGCAAAUCGCGGCAUCCGACCUCUUGCACAAGUCCUCCGACGUCACCCGUAGCAUGGUCCAGAAGGCCGUGAUUGUGCUUGCAUCGCAGCCAGUGUUUGGACCGGUGCGGGAUCGUCUGGGUGUCGUUACACGCGCAUUCUUUGCGCAGCGCGAUUUCGGCAGCACGCAGAUCCUGCACGACUUCUACGAGAGCCUCGAGGCAGGCCUUGAGGGCAAGGCGGGUGAGAACGCCAUUUACAUGGGCACGUCCCUCCGUGAGCUCGUGCACAAAUUCCGGCACCGGACUCUUGUGCUCCUCAAGAUGCUGCUGUUGCAGAAGCGCGUCAUGCUGUUCGGGUAUCCCGUCGAGAUGCUGUGCACAUAUCAGUACUCACUGGUGUCGCUUGUACCAGGUUUGCUCAUGAACCUGCGUGAUUGUGGCUCGCCCAUGCUCGAUGCCCGGACGCAGCGCACACGGCCAACUUCUCUGCGGACGAGUGACCGUGCGAGCCUCCUGCGAUACAUGGGACUUCCCCUCCACCUAUUUGGCGCGGAUGCCGUGUUCCAGCCGUACCUUCCACUGCAGCAGAUGGACAUGUUGCAGGCGCACUCCUGGCUCAUCGGCACGACGAACCAGAUAGUCACGCAGCAGAGAGACUGCAAGUACGAUCUCCUCGCAAACAUUGAGACCAUGACUUUCGACUUCCCAGACUCCAAGGUCGAGAGGCUGGUCGCACUGACGGCGGCGGACCGCAAGUGGAUGGACGACAUAGUCAAGACGGUUGAAGACACCUGGAACCUGCCUGAGGGUGAGCGACCGGGAUUCCUUGGGAGCGACGACGAUUUGCGCAACCGCUUCGAAGAAUAUCUGUGCGCAUUCCUCGCUUCAAUCAAGUACGCCGACUUCGUCGGACGGAGAGGGUCGCAAGAUCCGGCAGCGGCAGGAGUGUCGUCGCCUGGCGAGCCAAACCCGCUCUUCCACUUCGGUGAGGCCUUCACCGCGUCAUUCCGCCAAACGCCGGCGUAUGAACUCUGGAACAGUACGACCGAUGAGGUAAUCUUUGAUCUCACUGAGCCUCGUCACCCAAUGGAGGGCAAGGUGAACGCGUUCAGUGAUGUCGGUAUACGCCUGGCGGAAGGAUUGCACGACCUCAAGAUUGAGGAAAGCCUUGCUCCAACCCGGGCGGCAGUCAGUUCUGCGUUUGCGGCAGGCUCUUCGUCACUUUUCCGCGCAUUUGACGGCGUGCGCUCGGAGGUCAACAAUCGCCUCGAGGCUGAGAAAGCCCGCCGCGCGGCGGCAGCAGCCGAGCGCGAGAAAAACUCCCCCAAUGGCUCCCCAUCCGGUUCUCGCCCGGAGUCCGCGACAGCACUGGCACCCUCUACCCCUGCUGCGGCGAACAGGCCGGCCUCUGUCGCAUCCAAUCGCUCCGGCAAUUCGACAGGUGCUCCUACCGCGUCUCCCAACGCCUCGCCUGGUAUAGACGUUCGCACCACUCUGGGCUCGGUCGGUAGCAGCAUCUCAGGGUUCUUCGGGAGCCGCGUGGCAAGCUUCUCGCGCGCGACGCCGCCUCCGCCGCCGCCUGAGCCACGCCGCAAUUCUGGCCGCAACUCUGGUCUGCGGCCCAUGAGCUUGGCGGGCAGCGCGACAGCUGCCAGCCCCAAGAAGCCCGGCACAUAG